AUGAGCGCGCGUGUUCUUCGCACCAAGCUCUCGGCCGUUACGGCGAGGGAGUCAUUCAAUAACCAGGGAAAUUUUUGUCUCUUCUCCUCUUGUACCCGCCGCUAUGCCGGCGACAAGCUUAACAAAGUCUCCGCGCACAUCACGCAACCGAAAUCACAAGGCGCGUCCCAGGCAAUGCUAUACGCGACCGGCCUGAGCGAGCAGGACAUGUCGAAAGCGCAGGUCGGAAUCUCAUCGGUAUGGUUCGAAGGCAACCCGUGCAACAAACACCUACUGGACUUGUCGUCCUUGGUACGUGACUCGGUCGCAAAGGCCGGUCUCGUACCGAUGCGCUUCAACUCCAUUGGAGUAUCAGAUGGAAUCAGCAUGGGAACGACGGGUAUGCGGUACAGUUUGCAAAGCCGGGAGAUCAUUGCAGACGGUAUCGAGACCGUGAUGAACGGACAGUGGUACGAUGCGAAUAUCUCGUUACCCGGAUGUGACAAGAACAUGCCCGGUGUCCUCAUGGCCAUGGGUCGAGUCAAUCGUCCGAGUAUCAUGAUGUAUGGUGGAAGUAUUAAGCCCGGCUGUUCUGCAAGCGGUCAACCCCUGGAUCUGGUUAGUGCUUUCCAGUCGUAUGGUCAGUAUAUUACCGGCCAGAUUGAUGAGAAGCAACGUUUCGAUAUCAUCCGCAAUGCCUGUCCUGGCAGCGGUGCGUGCGGUGGCAUGUAUACCGCGAACACGAUGGCCACUGCGAUUGAAACUCUGGGAAUGACGAUGACGGGAAGUAGCAGUACUCCCGCCGAGGAUCCAGCUAAAAGGGCUGAAUGUGAGGCGAUAGGUGAGACCGUCAAGAACCUGCUCAAGGAGGAUAUCCGCCCGAAGGAUAUCCUCACGCGUCAAGCGUUUGAGAAUGCCAUGAUCGUCGUCAACAUCCUCGGCGGCAGUACCAACGCUGUUUUGCAUCUGAUUGCCGUCGCUGACUCGGUUGGAAUCAAAUUAACAAUCGACGACUUCCAAGCCGUGUCAGACAAGACGCCAUUCCUCGCCGAUCUCAAGCCCUCCGGCAAGUAUGUUAUGCACGAUUUAUAUAAGAUCGGCGGCACACCGGCGCUUCUCAAGUUCCUCCUUAAGGAGGGUCUGAUCGAUGGAUCGGGAAUUACAGUCACAGGCAAAACGAUGAAAGAGAAUGUAGCCUCAUGGCCGGACUUUCCAGCGGAUCAGCCGAUCAUUCGUCCGCUAAACAGCCCUAUCAAGCCUACGGGUCAUCUUCAGAUCUUACGCGGAUCCUUGGCCCCGGGAGGCUCGGUCGGCAAGAUCACUGGAAAGGAAGGUCUACGUUUUGAGGGUACAGCUAGAUGCUACGACUACGAGGAUGCCUUCGUCGAGGCGCUAGAAAGAGGCGCAAUCAAACAAGGAGAGAAAACAGUGGUGAUCAUCCGGUACGAGGGCCCCAAGGGUGGACCAGGCAUGCCGGAGAUGCUCAAACCCAGCUCCGCUAUCAUGGGCGCCGGGCUUGGCAAGGAUGUUGCGUUGCUGACUGAUGGUCGAUUUUCUGGUGGAAGCCAUGGCUUCUUGAUUGGACAUAUCGUGCCAGAGGCUAUGGAGGGUGGGCCAAUUGCGUUGGUCAGAGAUGGUGAUAGGGUUGUGAUCGAUGCGGAAAAGAGGGUGGUUGACCUGGAGGUGUCUGAUGAAGAGAUGGAGAGAAGACAAAGUGAGUGGAGGGCGCCCAAGCCACGGGCGACCAAGGGAACGCUAUGGAAGUAUGCGACUCUAGUGAGCGACGCCAGCCAUGGGUGUGUCACCGAUGGGCCGAGAUGA